CUAUUGUAUUACGAAAUCUAUAUAAAUUUAAUCAUUUUGAUUGCGGAUGGAAUAAUCUGCGAAUCUCCGUCGAGAUUAUUAGAUCUGCUCGUAGGUAGAUAAUAGGCUGGAAUCUCGAAUUCCAAUUUAAAAGUUAGUUCGAUCGAGUUGAGUCAUCUUUCUGAGUAGUCAUAGAAACGCGACGGAUACUCCCGAUGUUAUAUUACAGUCAGCAGGUGGAUGGACAUGCGUGAUUAUCGCUGCCACUCGUGUGACAGUCCGUUUGACACAUUAAUAUAAUCGCGCAUAUUUUUCUUUUGAGAAUUUACGAUUUUAAAUCAAUGGAUCGAAAGUAUCAGAGAGUCGGUUUAGGCGUGGGUGCUUUUCACAAUCCUCCAAGAGCAAAAUAUAGCGAGGAAACCAGAAAUCUUAUUAAGCUUUUAAUGGAGGAAUCUAAGCUAACAAUGUUGCAAAGGAAGACGAUCCAGGAAGCAGUCGACAAGGGCGAAUCCUUACCGUCUUCUAUUGAAAGGACGAAGAAAAACAAAGAUAAGAUCGAAGAUAAUCGAGUUAAAUCGUCUAUUUCAUGGAGGAGACGUUCACAGGACACAAUUAUAAGCAGCGGUGCUUACGAGAGAGAACAAUACAGGAGGACAAUGCCUUUACCCAACAUGGAAAAACAGAAACGUCACUUGGCAUGCAUGAUGGCUUAUGGGAAAGAUAUGCCAGAGACGCCUCAUGGUCCCAAAAUCCUUCAUAAAAUUAGACGAGAGCCACAAAUACCUGAAAAUGCGGAUGUUCUAAACGAAUUAGUACAAGGGAUUCGAGAGAGGAUGGAUUUUCUGCACGACAUGGAAAAUCUCGGAAUGGGAAAGAAAUAUCGGCCCAUAAUACAGCAAGAGAUAGCGCAGAAGAUACGACUAAUCGAGUCGCUAGAUAAACAAACAUCGGAGGAACUGCGAAAGGAGAUUUAUGAAUCUAAAUAUGAAAAACCGUCGCCAAAACCGUUUCCGCUUGGAGAAUUGGAGGAAAAUUAAUCUCAAAAUAAUCCGACUGUUCUUCGAUGUAAUCUACAUAUAAUAUAUAAGAUACAUAAAUUAUGCAGGAUAGAUCACAGGUUAAACA